AUGAGACAUCACAUAACCCACUGUAGAAGAGACCACUACAUCCUCUGUGACAACAAAGGCAAGCCCAUCCACCACGGCCAAGCCAAAACCCACAACCCCACUGCCAACCACAACCAUGGCCAGGCCAAAACUCACAACCACACCAUCAACCACAACCAUACUAGUAACCUCAGCCAAACCAAAACCUGCAACUACACUACCAACCACAACUUCAACCAAGCCAAUACCCUCAACUACGCUACCAACCCCAGCCAAACCAAAACCUGCAACUACACUACCAACCACAACUUCAACCAAGCCAAUACCCUCAACUACGCUACCAACCCCAGCCAAACCAAAACCUCCAAACCAAAACCUGCAACUACACUACCAACCACAACUUCAACCAAGCCAAUACCCUCAACUACGCUACCAACCCCAGCCAAACCAAAACCUGCCAAAACUCACAACCACACCAUCAACCACAACCAUACUAGUAACCUCAGCCAAACCAAAACCCACAACCACACUACCAACCACAACCAUACUAGUAACCUCAGCCAAACCAAAACCCACAACCACACUACCAACCACAACCCCAGCCAAGCCAAAACCCUCAGCCACGCUACCAACCACAACUUCAACCAAGCCAAUACCCUCAACUACGCUACCAACCCCAGCCAAACCAAAACCUGCAACUACACUACCAACCACAACCCCAGCCAAGCCAAAACCCUCAAGUACACUACCAGCCACAGCCAAGCCAAAACCUGCAACUACACUACCAACCCCAGCCAAACCACUAUCUGCAACCACAAUACCAACCACAACUAUAGCCAAACCAAAACCCACAACAUCAGCACCCAUCACAGCCAAGCCAAAAUCUAUAACACUAGCCCCCCCUACAAGCAUUACAGCCAGGCCAAAACCCACCAUGCCAGCAUCCACCAAAACUAUGGCCAGUUCAGAACCCAUCAUACCAGCAACCAUCGCUAUGGCCAAGCCAACACCCACCACAACCACUUCUGCGGCCAAACCAAAACCCGUUGCUACAUCAGCAAAGCCAAAACUCACCACCACAACACCAGUACCUACCAUAACAGCAAAGCCAAAACCUACCACAAUGAUGACAACCCCGCAACAGAAACCCACCACAGCUACAAAGCCAGCACUCACCAAAACAGAAAGACCCAGUCCUACUGA